AUGGUGUUCUUCAGCAAAACCAAGAAGAGACUGCAAGAGGAAUUGCAGGAGCGGCAGAGGCUGCAGAAGGAGCUCGAAGACCGAGAAUUUCGGGAGCAGCAGAGGCUGCAGAAGGAGUUCGAAGACCGAAAAGUUCGGGAUCAGAAGCUGCAGAAGGAGUUCGAGAGACAAGAGUCGCAGAGGCGGCAGAGACUGUUGGAUGAUAUUGAAAAACAAAGAUUGCAGGAGCGGCAGAGGCAGCAGUAUGACCUCGAAAAAAAAGAGCGCACAGAGCAACUCCGAAUUCAGGAGGAAUCUCAUCGCCAAGAGAUGGCACUAGCCAAGCAGAAACUGGAAACCACGCGACGUGCUCUCGAAGAGCGCGAAAGACAGGAAGGAGAGCGCCAGCGCAUUGAACAGGAGAAGCAAGAGAUUGAAGUAAAAAGACUAGAGCGAGAGGCACAAAAGCGUCAGGAAAAGCAAAAGAUGAUAAAGGAAGCAUCGCCGGAGACAAUUCGCAGCCUACGGGAACUUAUUCGCGAGAAGUACCAUCUGGAUGUUGAGAUAUGGGGCCUUCGUGGAGCUAGGCGACCUGAUCGCUGGCUCGUGAGGCAGAAGAUGGAGAAGGCGGAUGCUGUGCUGCAGAAGAUUAUGGCUAUGGUUGGGGUGUGGGAAGAUAACGGGGAUGGUUCGUGGGAUCCGGUGGAGUGGGGGCGGGUUCAAGACAUUCGCAGAAGGCUCCAGAAUCGUGGCAUACGUAUCUGGGCAGAAAGCCCGCUUUGGAUCGAAGCGGGUGAGAGUGGUGGUCUCCAGCAUGGAACGAGGUGA